AUGUUCAGUCUCUUCUCCCAAGUCCCCAAAACCCAGACCUUGGUCGUAGGAGGCCAGGAGUAUCCGGAGGUGAAAUGGUGGAAGCACAAAUCUCUCAUUCACCUGCAUUUGCUGUGCGCAAUUUUGCUGCUGUCCUCAGCCACGAACGGCUAUGAUGGAUCCAUGAUGAACGGUCUGCAAACUCUGAGCUAUUGGCAGGACAAGUUCCACCACCCUUCUGUUUCCACACUCGGGCUCCUGAAUGCCAUCUUCUCAGUCGGACAAGUCGUUGGCCUACCUCUCGUGCCCUUUUUGGCGGACCACAUUGGCCGCAAGUGGACCAUCUUGUUCGGAAGCUCCUUGAUCUUCCUGGGCGUCAUACUGCAGACAGUGUCCAUCAACAUUGGCAUGUUCAUUGCUGCUCGUUUCAUCAUCGGACUCGGAAUCGUGUAUACCCAGAGUUGCUCUCCGAUGCUCAUUACCGAACUGUCUCACCCUCAAUAUCGUGCGAGGCUGACGACAAUUUACAACACUCUGUGGUAUCUGGGCUCCAUUAUCGCCAGUUGGACAACGUACGGCACGCUCAAGAUGCAGAGUCAGUGGUCGUGGAAGCUGCCUAGCAUAUUGCAGGCAUUCCCAUCGGUGAUCCAACUCUUCUUGAUCUGGCUCGUUCCCGAAAGUCCCCGGUAUCAUAUCGUCAAAGGCCGCCACGAAGCAGCCAAAAAGAUAUUUCAGCGCUUCCACGGCCCUGCUUCUGGCCAGGAGUUUGUCGAGAGCGAAUAUCGCGAAGUGCUGGAAACCAUGGCGCUGGAAAAGGAAUUUGCUAGCCGUGGCAUUUCCGAGCUCUGGGCGACCAAAGGCAAUCGGCAUCGCCUGCUUAUUGUCGUCAGCGCGGGCAUCUUCAGCCAAACGGCAGGUUCGGGGAUCGUCUCGUAUUACAUCUUCCUCGUCUUGUCGCAGAUUGGCAUCACGGACUCCAACUCGCAGCUAAUCUUGAACGGCUGUUUGACUAUUUUCAACAUGGUCAUUGCCACGGGGAUGGCUUUUGCGGUGGACAAACUCGGCCGUCGCCCUCUUUACCUGACAGCAACCUUUGGCAUGUGCAUUGCCAUGACGGGCUGGACAAUUGCCAGUCAACAGCAACAAGCCCACGGAACGACGGCCGCGGGUCGCGCGGUGAUUGCACUCAUCUUCAUCUUCAUGUUUUUCUACAACCUCGCCUGGUCCGGCCUGCUGAUCGGAUAUGUCGUGGAGAUCUCGCCCUUCUAUCUGCGGUCGCGGUAUCUUACCGUCAUGCUGCUCAGCGUGGCUGCAGGGCUGUUCUUCUCCAACUAUGUCAACCCGGUGGCGCUCGAGAACAUCCACUGGAAGUACUAUCUGUGCUACAUCUUCUGGUUGGCAUUCCAGUCCGUGGUCGUGUACUUCUUCUACAUCGAGACAAAGGGCCACAGCCUGGAGACGAUAGCCAUCUGUUUUGACGGAGAAGAUGCGAAGAUCGGGGGCGACGCGGCCACGGCGAAGGGACGGGAGCUGCUCGAAAAGUUGGAGCACAAUGACAGCAAGGCUGUGGAGACGCACGUUGAGCAAGUAAAAUCCAUGGACUAG